AUGGCAUCUGUUCGAAGCAGCCCAAGAUUGCUUUCAGAGCACAUGGCAUCGAAAAAGACUUUGUUCCCUGGUCACCAAGGCAUAACGCCGCCGGAUAGCCCAACGAAACAAUCGACCAUGCCUCGAGAUACCGUGGAGGAUCUGAAGCAUCUCUUUGAAAGUGGGCUGCUUAGUCUUACCAAUCGAGAACCUCCAAACACUCCUGUCUUCCAGGACCAUUCCCAACCAGGCCCCGAUAUGGUUCAACUGAAGCAGUUGUUAGUGAAGGUCAUCCGCGAAGGAUAUUCUUCAGCUGAACCCCCCGUGGCAAAUAAGCGUUCUGAGCCUUCUCAGCCUUGCUUUUCCAGCGAUGAGCAGGCAGAGAACGCUCAGGCGGCAAAUGAGAUUGAUCUCGAAAUUCCGAUCUGUACUACACCGGAUGAUUUCAAGUCUUUUGAGAAAUGGGCUUCAAAAUCCCAAUUCAAAACAAUUGUGGAAACCUGGGACCAAGCGGCCUGUAAAUACAAGAUUGCCGAGCCAACGGAGACUAGAAAUAACUUGGACGACUAUGCUGAGUAUGCAUUUAUUGUCCGUGAACGUGUUGACCGAACGUCCGAGGAGGUAGUGCCAUUCAUAGACAUCAAGUCGGAAGGCCUGCGCGACAUCCUGCGAGACGUGCUACACGACAUCAAGGCCAUAAGCCUGAUGGAGGACAAGCCAUCGAUCGAGCAAAAUUUCCUUUUUCAUUUCCUCCCAGAGCUCGACAGAUGUGCGGAAAACAUGGAUAGCAAUUCAGACCAUGAGUCGGCACAUGCGGAGCAUCUCCUCAUGCUCAUCGAUCACCUCAAGCUCGCAUAUGCUUCUACCUUGCAGCGUCUCGAUUCAAUGUUGCAGCACGGUCAUAUUACAUUUGACCUUCUUUGGGCGCUUUUCAAGCCUGGUUGGCAUAUUUAUACCACGUGCAUUGGCACAAAAGCGCCGCGAUGUGCCGUAUUCGACGCGGGAGAAGAGAUGACAAAGAAUGACGAGACGUGGUUCAAUCUCGAGUGCCGAUUCCUUGAUUAUGACGGAGUCAAGUUCGGCGAGGCCGGGAUCUUUCUGCGCGUUGCAAAGUUUCGCGGGUCAAAGCCGAUCGAGACCCUUGAGGCCUUCCCUCUCCACCAUCAUCCAAAUCACGAGCAAGUCGAGAAAGACUUGAUCAAGAGAGGUCAAACAUUUCGGGGUUUGGCCGGCUCCCACGUUCGGCACUGUAAAGGCAGCGCAUUCUUUAUGAACAAGGGGAAGGCUAUCAAAGUCAACAUCAACAGUCGAGUGGCAGUGGACGCCGCAUUUUUCCAUGAAAUGCAGCCAAACUACUCCCGAUCCUCACUCCGCGACAUAGGGGUAAAUGAAAAAGACUCAAUAACAGACGCAUUGAAAAGUGCCCCAUAA